GAAGCUGCAGUAGAGCUGUAGUGGUGUGUGUUGUGUGUGUUUACGUGUUCUUGUGUACGGACAUGAGUGUGUCUGGGUGUGUGUGUGUGUGAUUCUGUGUGUGUAUGAGGGUGUGUAUGUGUGUGAGAGGGUGUGUGUGUGUGAGUGUGUGUGAGACUCCUUUGGACAUGGUGCUGUCUGUGGACUGCUCUCACAAGAGAGGAACGUUCAUUUAAUGUUCUUUCGUGCGGGUUCUUUAUUUAUUUAUUUUUCUUUUGUGGUUUUGGACUAUUUAUUUAUUUAUUUAUUGAUCUCUUGUUUCUGUGGAAAUGUUGUCACUUCGUAAGAUGCACUCCAAAAGGAAGUCCCGUAGCGCUGACAACUUCUUGUGUAUAAAGGACUCGGAGUCGCUGGACAGCUGCAUUGCGGGCGUGCUGUCGCCGCUGUACCCCCCGUUCGUCUCCACGGCGCCCACGUUGCUAUGGCAACUGUUUAGCGUGGUGGAGAGGCAGUACCACGGCGACGGACUGCGCUGUCUCCUCGACUACCUGCUGCCCGCCAAGAGCAUCCUCCACAGCCUCCAGCAACACAGCCGCGAGAGGUUUGAGGGCGUGCCUCUGCUCCAUGCUGGUUGGCCGCUGUGUCUGCAGGAGAAGGUGGUCGUCCAGCUGAGUCCACUCCACAAGGUGCGUCUGCGUCCAGGUGAUUUCUACCUGCAGCUGGUCCCUGCAGGUGGUCGUUCGGCUCGUCUGGUGCUCAAGUGCCUGGCGCCCAGCGGUCGAGCGGUUGCCGAGGUGACGGUGCCCGAGGGCAUGAUCGGCCGCGUCUUCACGCCGCGUUUCCCCGACGACGUCACGCGCGGACGGAACCUUCCGCCGCUGACCAGCUGCCUCCUGUCCGGUUCCGGUUCCGGUUCCGCCGGGGACUCAGUGUUCCGCACGCCCUGGAGGAACGUCGCCGCCCCUCUGAUCGCCGAGCAGAGCACGCCGCCCACACACACACACACACACGCACACACACACGCACACACACACACACACUCCUCUCCGUCUCCGUCCUCGCUGAGAGGGUUCCGAGGGUUCCAGCUGUCCGCCUGCAGCACCAACGGUUCCACAGGAACGCUGGACUCCUCGUUCCGUAGUUCUCGUGACUCCCUGCAGUCCACGGCCGGUUCUACGGCCUCGGAACCCGUCCUGCGGCGUCACCGUGACAACCGUGACAACCGUGACAACCGUGACAACCGUGACAACGACACACUCCCGCGCCCCGUGCCGCACGCGUCGCACACACACCGUCACGCUAUGGACACUGGAGCGCACUCACACACACACACACACACACACAUGCAGCCCCAGGCUGAGCGAGCGGCGGGAGUGGACAGAGGUGUGUGUUUGGUCUCCGUGGAGACCACUGACCCCCCCCCGGUUCCCCCCCGGAGACGUUCCGCGCAGGCCGCUCCGUCGUCGUUGGAGACGCGCCGCCUGUUCCGUCAGUCCUACAUGGAGGCGCUGCAGAACCCCAUGAGCCUCGGUUCUAGCUCUGAGUCCGUCCUGGACCAAGGUCACGAAGGUCUCCAAGGUCACCAAGGUCACGACCUCCGCCAGCCGCCCCUCCGCCAGCUGUUGCCACGGAGACUGUGUGGGCGGGGCGGGCUGCGUGGGCCGGACCUCAGCUGGGACCAGAACAGGAACCGCAACCAGAACCAGCAGAACCAGCAGAACGUGCCGCAGAACCUGCUGCAGCGCCCGCGCUCCAAAUCCCUGGAGCGGACCGGAACCGCGCAGGUCAAAGGUCACCGCACGCGCUCAUCAUCUGGAGGAUCCGCCAGCCUGUUCGCCUUCUCACCGCGCAGACUGGUCAAUGGACACACACCUCACACACCUCACACACCUCACACACCUCACACACCUCACACACCACACACACCUCACACACCUCACACAGCUCACACACCACAAGCGCUACACACAACACACACACCACAAACGCUACAUACAACACACACGCUACAUACAACACACACACCACACACACCUCACACAACACACACAUCUCACACACCUCACACAACACACACACCUCACACACCUCACACAACACACACAACACACACGCUACACACACUGCGCCCGGGGACCCCCACUACGCCCACCAGCGAGAGGAGGAGCAGCCUGAGGGAUGAGUCAGGAGCCAGUGAGAGCCCCCAUCACUCAGGUUACCAUAGAAACAGCUUCAGCAGUGAUGAUGGUCACCUGGACCCUCCCAUAUUCAGGCUCCACCCACCCAAACUAUCAGACCUCAACAGAGACCUGCUCACCUCAAGAGCUGUCACUGUACCAGGUAACCGUGAGCGUGGCGGGCGGCUGCUGCUGCAGGUGUGUAUGCGGAGCUCCGUGUGGUCGCACGGCUGCUGCUCGGCCAACGAGCUCACCUGUGUGAUGGCCUACCUGACCUCCACCCUCAGAAAGGAGAGGAGGGAGCAGGGUCUGGUGGUUCUGGUCGAUGGGCGACGUCUUCAGACUCUCUCCCCUCACAUGACCACACUCCUCACCGCCCUGUCCCACAUGCAGGCCACUCUCUCUGGUAUGCUGCUGCUGGUGGAUAAGGAGUGUGUGUACAGGCCUGAGAGAGAACUCAGCAUCCCGUGUGAGCUGCUGACCUCCCUCAGGUCCCUCCAGAAGCACGUUGACGCGUCACAGUUGACCCAAGACCUGGGCGGAACCUUCGCCUAUGACCACGCCCACUAUAUCAGCUUCAGAGAGAAGAUCGAGCCAUUUGCCAGCAGCUGCAGUGAAGCAGUGACCUCCCUACAGACGUCAAUCUCCUCCCUGACCAGCACACACAGUCUGGACACCACACAGGCGGUUCUGAAGGUGAUUGAGGAGAGGAGGCGUUUGAUGAAGUGUGUGUUGGACGACUCGAAGCUGAACCGCCUCCGUCUGGAGGGAGGGACCUUUCUGGCCCGCAUACGCAAAGAGGACCUCUGUGAAAACCACAUCUACAGGGCUGCGGUGGACAUGGUGUGUGUGCUGUAUAACCGUGUGGAUGAGUGUGUCCAUCGUCUGGUCAUCCAGUCCAACGGCUCCCUGCAGCACCUGGAGGAGAUGCUACACACACGCCGAUUUGAGGAGGCCACUGCACAGAUUAAGCACUGGUUCACUGAAAAGGGGGAGAAGCACUUGGCCUCUCUGGACUCCUAUUGCCUCUCCUCUGCGUCAAUCACUCAGCUAAGGCGGGAUCUGGAUGACUUCAUGGACCAAUCAGAUCGGCAGCAGAAGCAGGCUCAGCUUCUUGUCCAAUCAGCUGAAGGCUGUCCUAGCCCCACCCUCAUGGACUUCAAACGCUUCCUCGGCGCCAUGGCAACCUGCAGCGAGAGACGGAAGGCUGACCUGGAGACGCUGCAGAACGUCUACGAGUUCUAUGACUCGGUGGAGUGCUGGCUGGCGUGCGGUGCGGAGUGUGUGCAGCAAGAGCGGGGGGGCGAGUGUGUGUGGGAGGAGUGUGUGUCCUCGCUGCAGGAGGUGUGUGAGGAGGAGUGUGUGUCCUCGCUGCAGGAGGUGUGUGAGGAAGGGCGGAGGAGGUUCUCCAGCGAGCGCUUCAGCUCCAUGACGGAGACAGUGGAGGGACUGGGGGUCACACAGGUAAUGGAGGCGUGUAGCGCCCUCUGGAGGAGAUGCCAGGCAACGCAGGCUCAGCUGGAGGACGCUCUCACACACACGAGCACAGCAGCGCCGCCCGAUAGUGACCAGCAGGACUGCACACACACACACACACACACACGCACACACACCCCUCCGCAGCUCUCUCCUCUGGGGGCGUCGCCCGAGCGCACCUCCUUCCUGUUCGACCCGCUCUACACUCCCACUGGCUCCUCCUCUUCCUCCCCCAGCCACUCCCACUUCCUGUUCCCCCCGCCGGACAGCCGAGCGGGCGAUAGCGGCGGCACGUCGCCCUUUGAUGACACGGACAGCGACUGCACGGUGGACUCGUUCGCCUCCAGCCGCUCGGAACCGCCUCUGCGCUCCGCCGCUCACGCUAACGCUCACGCUAACGCUAACGCUAACGCUAACCCGGCCGCUCGGCUACGCAAACCGCCGCUGAGGAAGAUGAUGAGGAAGACCACCGGCGGCGUUGGCGUUAGCGGCGUUAGCGUUAGCGGCUACGGCAUGAGCACGUGCACCAGCAGCGCGAGCGUGCACGAGCCCCGGGGGGCGGGGUCGGCGGGCGUGCGAGGCUACUCGGGCGUCCACAUCCGCGGGCUGGAGGUGACCAAUAGCGUGCGAGCAGCGGAGAAGAGCCUGCAGGGGUCAGAGGUCAAGAGUCCCGUGCUCACGCGCAGCCAGAGCCUCUCCACGCCGCCCAGGACACACACACACACACACGCGCUCACACACACACUCUCACACGGGGACGCCGACGCCAAGACUCACAGCAGUAAGGUGCAGCACAUCGUGGCGGAGAUGGUGAGUACGGAGCGGGAGUACGUGCGGUCGCUAGGCUACGUGCUGCAGCACUACUUCCCAGAGCUGGAGCGCUCCGACGUUCCCCAGGACCUGCGCGGGAAACGCAGCAUCCUCUUCGGGAACCUGGAGAAGCUCUGGACCUUCCACACACACCACUUCCUCCGGGAGCUGGAGCUGUGCACACACACACACACACACACGCCGCUCAGCGUCAGCCAGUGCUUCCUCACUCACGAGGAUGAGUUCAGCAUGUACGCCCUCUACAGCAAGAACAAGCCACGCUCAGAUGCACUUCUCUCCAGCCAUGGAAACAGCUUCUUCAAGAAUAAGCAGCUGGAGCUGGAGGACCAUAUGGACGUGGCCUCCUACCUGCUGAAGCCGAUCCAGCGCAUGAGCAAGUACGCGCUGCUGCUCGGUGACCUCAUCAAGCACUGUGGCCCCGCCCAGGAGGCGGAGCUUCGCGACCUACGCACCGCCCACGACAUGGUCACCUUCCAGCUGCGCCACGGCAACGACCUGCUCGCCAUGGACGCCAUCAGAGGAUGUGAUGUGAAUCUGAAGGAGCAGGGGGAGCUGCGGUGCCAGGAGGAGUUCAUGGUGUGGUGCGGUCGGCGUAAAUACCUGCGGCACGUCUUCCUCUUCGAGGACCUCAUCCUCUUCAGCAAGACCAAGAAGAUCGAGGGAGGAUACGACAUCUACAUCUACAAACAGUCUUACAAGACGGCGGAGAUCGGCAUGACGGAGAGUGUGGGCGAGAGCGGCCUGCGGUUCGAGAUCUGGUUCCGCCGCAGGAAGUCACAGGACACCUUCAUCCUGCAGGCGGCGUCAGCAGAGGUCAAGCACGCCUGGACCAGCCUCAUAGGCAAGAUCCUGUGGAGACAGGCGCUACGCAACAGAGAGCUGCGAAUGCAGGAGAUGGUUUCCAUGGGGAUCGGCAGCAAGCCUUUUAUGGACAUCAAGCCUAGCGACGCCGCCAUUAGUGACCGGGCCAUAGACUACAUCAUGAAGAGCUCAGAGUCCAGGUCACGUGCGUCCAUCGCGGUGUCGUCGUUUGAGCACACACACACACACACACACACACACACCCCCUACAAGCGGCCCCACUCCACCAUCUCCAACUCCUCCACUUCCUCUUCCGGCAGCCAAUCAUCCGCCUCGCUGCUGGGGCCCCUCAACCUGCACCUCUACCCCACACACACACACACACACACACACACACACUCUCUCUCACACACACACACCCCCUCCGCAGCAUUCUCCUGGCCCUACGACUGCAUAGAGGAGGACGAGCUGGAACAGGACUCUACAAGCCAGCCCUCUGUUCAGACCUCCUCCUCCUCCCGGUGCACGUCGACUGACAGCAUCAGUGGCCACAGCUCUCUCACCGUCUCCGCCCACUCAUCCGUUGCCAUGGAGACCUUACCGGAUGACACGCCUUCUUUCAUAUGCCCCGCCCCCUCCACGCCUGUCCCCUCCCACUCAGAACCUCAGACUCCUCCCACUCCAGUGUGUCACAAAGAGGCGGAACUCCAACAGACAAACAGCACCUUCAUCACUGCAAGUGGGGGCCCUCAUUUAACACUAGGCCUCUCCACAGUGGUCUGACUCACUGUGAGAUUGCACUGAGAGAUCCUGCCUGUAUCCUGAAUCGUGAUUGGGAUGAGAUGACGACGGCCGACCAAUCAGAUCACUGGGUCUUGAGACUCACCACGCCCAUUUAUACCAGCACACACUCACACACACACACACACACACAAACACACUCACAAACACUCUCUCUCUCUCUCUCUCUCUCUCUCACACACACACACACACACACACACACACACACACAAUCUAUAAUCACUAGCUGAGCUGGGACAGUAAGAAGUGUGUGUGUGUGUCUGUGUGUGUGUGUGUGUGUGUGUGAUAGAUAGAUAGAUAGAUAGAUAGAUAGAUACUUUAUUGAUCCCCAAGGGGAAAUUCAAGUGUGUGUGUGUGUGUGUGUGUGUGUGUCAUCUGGCCCAGUGUCAAUGUAUUAGUAUAUUAGCACCUUUUUGAGGGCAAGCCCUUUAUGCGUGCGAGUGUGUGUGCAUCUGUGUGUGUGUGUGUCUGUGUGUGUGUGUGUGUGUGUGUGUGUGUGUGUGUGUGAGAUGUGCUGUUUGAUGUAACACUGUCCAGAGAUGUUUGUAUAUGUAAACAUGUAAACAAUAUCCAGUCUGUAAGAAAGACAACAUGAUGUCACACGUGGCUCCUUUUUAGUACUUUAAAAUAAAAGGCAUUUAUUUCACAA